CCAGCCCUGUACGUCUUUCCUGGGUCCCUCGCAGCAACACCCUUCCAAGAUGGCAGCCAACGGUAGCAGCACGGGUAGCAAAUCCAGCAACAGCGGCGGUGGGAAACAGUCCGGCCCGUCAGCUGAACAGGUGGUGGCAACAUUUCAGAGGAUGCGUCAGGAACAGCGCAGUAUGGCUUCUAAAGCUGCAGAGUUGGAGAUGGACAUCAACGAGCACAGCUUAGUAGUAGACACAUUGAAGGAGGUGGAUCCAUCGAGGAAAUGCUUCCGUCUAAUAGGAGGAGUGUUGGUGGAGAGGACAGUAAAAGAAGUUCUACCUGCCUUGGAAAACAACAAAGAACAGAUCUCCAAAAUAAUCGAGUCCAUCAACUCACAGAUGCAGACGAAGGGGCGGGAGCUCACAGAGUACAGGGAACGCUACAACAUACGUUUGGUGGGAGAGGGCGAAGGAGAGGAAAAGGGCCAGUCAGCCGCUCCCUCCAGGGACAGCGAAGGAGGCGGAUCCAAAAGCGGAGCCGGUGUUUUAGUUUCAUAGGUAGUGAGCAUGGACAGUGACAGCAGGGCCCUUUGAUUUCUGCAGUGCUGAACACGUAGAUGGAGUCACACAGUUUAGGUGGAAAACAAACUCUUUGCAGGAUAACUCUGGAUUUGAAGUUUACUGAAAUCUCUGCUUAAUCUAACGCACUUGUUAAUUUGCAGCAGGUGUAUUCUGCUUCCUUAUGUUCAGUGUGAAAGUUAAAGCUGUCUUAUGUUUGCCUUUUUUAAUGCUGAAAUACUGUGACAUCAGUUCACUGACUGAAUUCAACCCCCUGAAUAUUUACCCGCACUCACACAGGAGCAGCUAAAAACAUGAUUUUGCUGUUUUAAGAUUAUAGAAAGUGGGUUUUUUUUCACACAAGAUACAACUGCUAACGUGUUAGGCCAAAAUUAAAGAUUAAUUUUGAAAACUAAGAACAAAUGGGACACCUAAACAUCCAGUAAAAUAUGUAACAAAGAGAUCAUUUUGAAAGCUGUGCAAAAAUUUGACUUCAUGUAGAGUAUUAGCUCUGAAUGAGGUCAGUUUGUGUUCAGGGGUGAUGAACCUGGAAGUGUAACUGUCACACCUUAAUAAUAAAAACCCACCAUAACUGAGGAAAUGCCUCCUAGGACCCCAUGAGCACUGUCCACACGGUUAAUGUGUUGUAAGGCCUUUGUUUUUGUUAAUGAUGAUGAAUAAAAAAUGUCACAGUUGUG